AUGAAGACGGAAUACAAGGCAUGCGGUGGUUGCUCGGAACAGAUCACCGAUCGUUACAUCUUCGAAGUGAACGGUGCCUCCUGGCACGGUUCCUGCCUUCGCUGUAGCGUCUGCUACUGUCCGCUCGAGCGGCAGGCAUCCUGUUUCCUUCGCGAUGGCGAUGUCUAUUGCAAAGCCGACUAUAUCAAAAAGUUCAAAACGAGCUGCGCCAAGUGUGCCCGCUCGAUCUCGGCCACCGAUUGGGUGCGCCGGGCACGCGAGUACGUGUUCCAUUUGGCGUGCUUCGCUUGCGAUUCCUGUGGCCGGCAGCUAUCGACCGGCGAACAGUUUGCCAUCUGCGAGGAUCGAGUCCUCUGCAAGACGCACUACAUGGAGCUGAUCGAUGACGGGACGACAUCGAGCGAGGACGGUUGCGAUGCGGACGGUAGCGGAAAGGGCAGCAAAACCAAACGCAUCCGGACGACGUUCACCGAGGAACAGAUUCAGAUCCUGCAGGCCAACUUCCAGAUCGACAGCAAUCCGGAUGGGCAGGAUCUGGAACGGAUCGCGCUAGCUACGGGCUUGAGCAAACGAGUGACGCAGGUUUGGUUCCAGAACUCGCGCGCCCGCCAGAAGAAGCACGUCCACGUUCCCCGAGCUCAGGAUCUGUUUAAUGGUAUGCGGUCGGAUCUGAACAACAACAACCACAUUACUGGAUCAACGACUACCGAAGAGGUACCGGCAGCUACGCGCCGAAGACCACCUGAAACUGACACGCACGUUGACCAGCUACCGCGUUCGUUCGCGAUCUUUGCGUAA